GGUCCAUCCCGGGUGUGUCCCGGGUCCAUCCCGGGUCCAUCCCGGGUCCAUCCCGGGUCCAUCCCGGGUCCGUCCCGGGUCCAUCCCGGGCCCAUCCCGGGUCCAUCCCGGGCCCGUCCCGGUGUCCCCAUGGCGGGGCUGGCGCUGCUGGUGGCGCUGCUGGCGGCGUUGGUGGCACCGGCAGGGACCGAGGGGGACAGGAAGGUGUCCCUGGAGUUCAAUCCGGGCUGGAACGGCUCCUCGGUGAACGUCCUGCACGUGCGUGCCGAGGGCCCGGGGGACACCCUGCACUUCGUGUGGGGCAGCCUGGGGGCCCCCUCCGUGCUCCUCGUGGCCUCCCGGAGCCCCCAGAGCCGCCUGGACAUCGACUGGCCCCGCCUGCUGUCCCCCAGCCCCGAGGGGGCCCUGAGGAUCCUCCCCCCCGGCAGCGUCUCCUACGCCGGCGCCGUCGUCUUCACCAGGCUGCUGGAGGAGAAGGCUCCCGGGGAGGGAUUUUUCCCCCCGUACGACCUGUCGGGCUUUUCCUGGGAAGAUUCCAACGCGACGCUGGAGCCGCGGGCGCUGCGGGGGCAGCUCCGGGGGGCGCCCGAACACGACCCUGGAGGAGCCUUCUCCAACGGCUCCAUCGCAUUCCAGGUCACAGCAUUCCCAUCCCUGGGCCGAGCCGAUGUCCCCCCGGGGCUGCCCCGUGUUCCAGGGAGCUGUGGGCUGGAGCUGCUGCUGCAGGGGGUGGCUCCCCGUGGGAACAGCUCCCGAUUCCUGCUCGAGCUGGCGGCGCUGGAGGCGCCGGGGGCGGCGCGGGCGCUGCGGCCACGGAGGGACCUCGACGAUGAGUUCGCCCCUGGGGUGUUCCAGACGCUGUCCCUGGUGGCCGAAUCCCGACCCAACGGCUCCGAAUCCCAAUCCAUCGGCUCCGAAUCCCACUCCAAUGGUUCUGAAUCCCGCUCCAAGGGCUCCGUUUCCCCCCCUGGCACCGUGCUCAGCUUCCUGCAGUGGAGAGCCGUGGCCUACGGCUCGAGCAGCCCCCGGCGCCAGGACGGGAUGCGCUGCGGGGCCGGGGGGCUGCGGGAGGGGCUCUGGGCCCCCCAGCCCCUGCCCACCCUGGCCAGGGCCUAUUUCGGGGCCGGGCCGGGCACCCCGCUGGGGUUCAGCGCCCUCAACGUGUCCUUCGGGGCCGGGGCCGGCGAUGGGGACGUGUACAGGGAGAGGAGAUUCCUGCGCUGGUCGGUGCUGGUGGGCUUUGGGGAGCCCCCCAGGGACUCCUUCUCCCCCCUGAUCAUCUCCAUCAUGGCUGUGGCCCUGGGCACCCCCCUGGUCCUGCUCCUGGGGGGCUCCGGCCUCGUCCUGCUGGCCCGGAGGAGACGCUACUCCGAGUACGAGCCCAUCAACUGAGGGGACACCCCGGGGACACCCCCAGGGUGACCUCUGGGAGACCCCCAGGAUUCCCUGGGACACCCCCAGGAUCUGCAGAGACACCCCCAGGAUCUACAGGGACACCCCAGGAUCUACAGGGACACCCCCAGGAUUCCCUGGGACACCCCCAGGAUCUGCAGGGACACCCCAGGAUCUGCAGGGACACCCCCAGGAUUCUCUGGGACACCCCCAGGAUUCCCUGGGACACCCCCAGGAUUCCCUGGGACACCCCCAGGAUUCUCUGGGACACCCCCAGGAUUCCCUGGGACACCCCAGGAUCUACAGGGACACCCCCAGGGUGACCCCUGGGAGACCCCCAGGAUCUGCAGGGACACCCCCAGGAUCUGCAGGGACACCCCAGGAUCUACAGGGACACCCCCAGGAUUCUCUGGGACACCCCCAGGAUUCCCUAGGAGACCCCCAGGAUUCCCUGGGACACCCCCAGGAUUCUCUGGGACACCCCCAGGAUUCCCUGGGACACCCCAGGAUCUGCAGGGACACCCCCAGGAUCUGCAGGGACACCCCCAGGAUCUACAGGGACACCCCCAGGAUCUGCAGAGAGAGCACCAGGAUACUCAGGGAAACCCCCAGGAUGCCCAGGGAGACCCUUGGGAUCCCCAGGAGACCCCCCAGGAGACCCCCAGGAUGCCCAGGAGACCCCAGGAUGCCCAGGGAGACCCCCAGGAUGCCCAGGGAGACCUUUGGGAUCCCCAGGGAGAGCCCCAGGAUCCUCAGGGAGACCCCCAGGAUGCCCAUGGAGACCCCCAGGAUCCACAGGAACACCCUGGGACACCCCUGGGAUCCUCAGGGAGACCCCCGGGAUCCACAGGAACACCCCCAGGUCCCCAGGGAGACCCCUGGGAUCCUCAGGGAGACCCCUAGGAUCCCCAGAGAGACCUCCGGGAUCCUCAGGGAGACCUCCAGGAUCCACAGGAACACCCUGGGACACCCCUGGGAUUCUUUGGGAGACCCCUGGGAUCCUCAGGGAGACCCCCAGGAUCCCCAGGAGACCCCCAGGAUCCUCUGGGAUACCCCCAGGAUGCCCAGGGAGACCUUUGGGAUACCCAGAGAGACCUUUGGGAUCCUCAGGGAGACCCCCAGGAUCCCCUGGCUCUCCCCAUCCCAGCAUUCCCAGCUCCAAGGGGAUCCCAAAAGACAAAGGGUCUCUCCCUUUGUCCUUGCUCCUCCUCUCCCUGCCUUGGAUUGCACUUUUCUCUCCACGGUUUUUUUUUUUUCCUGAUUAUUCCAAAGGAUUCCAAUCCCUGGGGUUUGGACCCUCCUUCUCCUCCUUUUCCUCCUCCUUUUCCAAAGGGAUCCAACCACUGCUGUGCAGGGAUGCUUGGGAAGGCACCCAGGGGUGCUCCCUGCUCCCUGCUGUGCCGGGAAAUCCCGGGAAUUCCCAGGCAGGUUCCCUGUUCUCCGGGGGCCUCCCGAGCCAAAUAAAAGCGGAUUUCUAA